UUCAUAGAUAAAAACGAAACUGACUGAUAAAAAAAUCGAAAAUAUGACGAAAAUACGUAAACUUUACACGCUUAUUUUAUUUAAAUGUUACCUUCAUUACGUGAAAAUGUGUUAAAUUAAGAUUUAGCGUAAGUUUCGACUACAUUUUGUGUUCAUUUUCAUACGUAAAAGCAUAAUGCGAUGGAUUACGAAGAUAUCAUCUACUUGGCAGUUCUCAUCGGUAGCAUCUUCGUCGGUUAUUUCUUCCAAAAAAUACAGUCUCCCGAGACGAAACGAUGGUUUUCCACGAUUUUAGGAACUGUUAUAUGUACAGUCGUGUGUGGAUUUCACGUAUUACAUGGGAUAUGUGUCACUUUGACGAUUGGAUUGAUAAUCAAGUUCAGUUACAGGUAUUGCCAUGGGCUUAGCUUCGCUGCCGGAUUUUUAUACCUGGUAUUCUUCAGAACAACCGAGUAUUUCAACAUUCCUUACCCUACAGGUCAUGCUAACAUGAUACAGAUGAUAUUGACACUGAAACUGGUUGGGUUAGCUUUUGAAGUCCACGAUAAUCACGUAACCGAACGAAAAAUGAAAAAAGAUGAGAAAAGUGUUACCGAUCAAGACAUUUAUCGAUUAUUUCCUAAACCAAGUAUAUUGGAAGUAUUUCAUUACGCUUUUUGCUACGCAGGUGUUCUAACUGGUCCUUAUUUUACUUAUUGUACUUAUAGAGAUAUGUUGAAAUAUCCGCUUAAAGAAUGUAAACUUCAUGUUCAAGAAACUUUGAAGAUAGUCGCUUAUGUACCUUUAUUUUCCAUUUUAUAUUUAGGAGCUUCCAAAGUCUUUCCUUUACACGUAUUAUUUAGUGAUGAAUUUUACAACCAAAGUCCAUUUCCGUAUCGCCUGUGGUACAUGUAUUCGACCUUCUUUAUAUUUCGUAUGAGAAUGUAUAUAGCUUUCAGGCUAUCUGAAGCUGUAUGUAUCAUGGCUGGAUUGGGAUUAUAUCCGGUCAGUACGAAACCUCGAGCAGGAAGCGGACCAUCGUGCAACUUUGAAGCAUUGAGUGAAAUGAAUAAAAUGUCUUCGGGUGGUUACAAUUUCGAAACCAUAGACACGAUACGUGUCUUAGAUGCUGAAUUUUCGACCACAGUUCGAGAAGCGACUAGAUAUUGGAAUCGUUCUAUUCAGUAUUGGUUAGCUGCAUACGUGUAUCGACGAUUCCCGUUCAAAAAAUACAAAACAUUGAUGACUUUCUUCAUUUCGAGUUUUUGGCACGGUAUUCAUGCUGGAUAUUACUUCAGUUUGUUUUCCGUUCCUUUGUAUUUAUUCGUUGAGGAUACUUUUGUCAAACGAGUAAUCAAACAUGAUCAAAAUAAAUUGAAAAAUUUCCUGCUAUGGAAUGCUAAAAUGUUCCAAUUUUCAUAUUGGGGUCUUGCAUUUCAAGUGAAAGAUUCGAUUGUAAUAUGGAAGUAUGGCAUGUCAGUCUAUUUUGCUCCCUAUAUUGUCGCUAUUGUGAUGUAUUUCGUGGCUGUGUUAAUCAAAUAGUUAUUUAUUUAUUACAUAAGUAAUAUUUUUUGUCGUUAUUGUUGCAGUUGGAAAAAAUGCGUUAUAAAAUUAUUUUUAGUUGA